AUGGUGUGCCAACUAAUGAAAAAGAAGACGGAACAUUUAAAGUUAUGAGAAUAAUCUUAUCUGCAUUGCGCCCUCUUUUUUUUUUUAAAUCUCUACUGAUUUUUUCUGGUUUCUUUAGGUCAGAUUGUUCCAUAUCUGCAGUUUGAAAGGAAACCCAGCUCUUUGUCUAUUCUAAUAACUCUAGAUUUUUUUUUAAUAUUUCAGUUCGAACCUAUUUCACGUCUUGUAAUUGUUUUUAUCCAUGGUUUUAGGCUGAUUCUUCGAAAAGCAUUUCUUUUACGAAAUUUUCGCCCGAUUCUGUCGGUUCGUCAUGCUUCAGUCAAUAUAAUUACUAUGAAACUUUCAGUUUUGCUCUGCAAUGAGCAUUGAGGUCGAGGAAAUAGUUGAAGAGGCGAAAACUCUGACAAUAAUUCAAGAAGGAAAGGCAAAAGUUGGUUUCCACGGGCCGGUCUUCUACAAUCCCGUUCAAGAGUUCAACCGUGAUUUAACGUGCGUUACAAUCAGAUUUUGUCGAAGAAUCAAGAGAUCUGAGUUUUUUCAGAGUCACCGUACUUCGUCAGUUUGCAGCCGAUCGCGUUGAAGAUGCGAAAUCAAAAGAAGAAAGUCCUAACGAGCCGCCUCAAAAAAGAAAAAAAGUCGAUGAGAAAAGUGUAAGUAUGAUUUUUUGGGGUAACUGAUUUCUGAGGCUGGUCAGUCCUGUUUUCAUCGAAACUUUGAGAGGUCUUAUUUAUCUUUGAAUUAACGAAAUAUGAGAAAAAUAAGUCCGUUCUGUCACCCAUUUUUGUCUUCAAUUCCUGACCUUCUCUUUUCCUAGGACGGGUCCAUCAGGAUACUUGAUGCUCUCUCAGCCUCCGGAUUGAGAGCUCUUCGAUUUGCUCUCGAGGUAAAAAAUAGAUUGAAUAAAAAAGGUUCAUGAACCAGUUCAGGUUCCAUUCGUGGAUAAAGUCACGGCCAACGACUUUUCCGACAACGCCGUCGAAUCCAUCAAAGAGAACAUCAAGCUGAACGGCGUCGAAGACAAGGUCAACGUCAUGUUCGGCGACGCCAUGUCAGUUCCAUUUGAUUGUCCAACCAAUGAGGAAUCCGAGCUUUUUCGAAGAUCAAUCGUCGUUCAGAAUGACGAUGAUGCACCACCGAGGCUUGGAUAAACGGUUCCACGCCGUCGACCUCGAUCCCUACGGAUCUGCCUCCGUUUUCCUAGAUUCUGCCGUUCAGUGCGUUGCGGAUAGGGGUAAAAUUCGAUCAAAAAGUAGAUUUUCUUAUGUUUGGAUAGGGAUUCUGAUGGUCACCUGUACGGAUAUGGCGGUCCUCUGCGGGAAUACUCCGGAAUCCUGCUACAACAAGUACGACGCCGUCACAACUCGCGUCAAAUGUUGUCACGAAGUGGUUGGUUCUGUUAUUCGUUAUGAGAAAAUCAGUUUUAUUUCACCUCCAAAAGAUGAACGAAUUUGUUUCCGAUUUACAGGCCCUCAGAAUACUUUUGCGAAGCAUAGAAUCUCACGCCAACCGCUACACUCGCUACAUUGAGCCUCUCGUCAGCAUUUCUAUCGAUUUCUACGUCCGAGUUUUUGUCAGAGUCCACACUGGUGCCAAAAAGGCCAAAGACAGUGGAUCGUGAGUUUUAUAAUUUUUUUUGGAAUCAUAAAAAAAUUCACGCUGAUGUCGCUUGCGGAAAGUUUCAGGCUGCGUCAAAUUACCAUUAAAAUGACGUUUAACACUUGAGUGAUCACUUAGAAGCUCUGAAACGUCCGAAAAAUGCUUUACACUCGACGCUCGAUGAGUGAGAACGAAAAGCAUCAAAAAUUUUUCAAGAAAUUUUCUCACUGGAGUUUUUUUUCUAUGGAAGCGAAGAAUAAACGAACUAGAAAAUAUCAAUUUUCGAACCCUUAUCUUUUUUGUCAAAAGAAGCUUUUUCUCUCAGAAAAGUCGGUACGGCGCUCGUGUGCAGCGGUUGCCAUUCGAUGGAAAUCGUUCCGAUGCUCCGGAAAAUCAUCGACGGAAACAGCGUCAAGUUCUCCACGCCCGUUUUGAAACAUUCCAUGACUGGUUCAUUUUUUUCAUUUGAAUUUCGAACACAUAUGGUUCUUCAGGAGCCGACGACAAAUGCGUACAUUGUGGAAAUUCGAUCCAUCAAAUCGGUCCCAUGUACUUGGACCCUAUCCACAGUAAACCAUUCGUUUCCAGUUUAUUGCAAAGGUUUGUUGGCUCGUCUUUGUCUAUCUAUUUUGAUAUCCAUUAGAUUUAUGAGAGCUUUCUUUGAACUAUAAUGUCGUUCUCAGGGCGUUAGGUAAUUUUUGGCUUCAUGAAGCUUAAGCAAAGUCAAACUUUCGAAAUUAAAAGACCACUUUUCUCAAAAGUCUGAAAUUAAAAGACCACUUUUCUCAAAAGUCUUCGAAAACAAGAGACUGCAGAAGUUUCUUUGAAGUUUGGAAAAAAGUAAUUUAGAGGUAAAAAUAGAAUCAAUUAGAAAACUGUAUAAAUUCCUGGCUUUCAAAUAAUUAUAGAAGUAAACUUUUUAUCAAAUCGCUUCAGACUAAACUCGACCCCGGCCGAAGAGCGUUUGGGAACACAUAGCCGUUUGUUGGGAGUAUUGACUACAGUAAACGAGGUUCCAGUUCUUUUCUCCAUUUAUAACUUGUAUUUGAUCUGAAUUCCAGGAGUUGGAAGUCCCUCUCUACUAUGAGCAUGACCAACUGGCGAACGUCGUGAAGAUCUCCGUUCCGAAGGCGGUCAACAUCCGGUCGGCCAUUCUGAACGCCGGAUAUAAGGUAGGAUUCGACAGUUUUAGCGUGUCUGCGUCUCUUUGUUCCCUCACCAGUGAGGUCAGAGAAACAGGAAAAUAGCACGUCACCUUGAGAGGGUCGCCGAGAGACGCGGAGGGCGCAGAAAAGCACUUUCAAGACGGGAAAAACUAUUCAUCCUACUUUUCAUUCCCGGAUUCUCCCUUUUUCAGGUUUCCGGAUCCCAUUGUAAUCCCCGAGCACUCAAAACCGACGCCCCUCUGACUUUUCUCUGGGAUCUCUACCGACAAGUGGUCUGCCAUUUUUCCAAAUUCAAAAAAAAAGAAAAAAAAUUUCAGGCGAAAGAUACGAAUGUAGACCGUGAGAAACGUCUCGACCCUCUUUCCGCCGGUUACCGAAUCCUCGGCCAUGAAAUAAAGUACCUUUUCAAAUAUUGGUUCGAAAAAUAUUAGAUACCUCAAAAGUUGAAAAUUGAAUUGGAUAUAAACGAUGAAACUUCGAAAAUAGUAUUAUUAUUCUCACACAUUUUUAUUUUCUGUAUUUCCAAUUUUUCACACUAAUUUUGACCGAAAAACAUUCGAAAUUAAUGAUUUUAAUUUUAUAAAAUCCUAGGAAUACCGUCGACUUCAAAUUGAAUUCUCAAGCGGUCAGCCAGGCGAAAAAAGAGAAUCUUGUCCGGUUUCAGUGCAAUAAGGUUUCCAUUUUCGCUGAGAAAUACGAAUUCCGUUUGUUUAGGGCAAAAAUUGGGGUCCACGACAAAAAGCCAAGGGCUCGAUAAAUUCGACGCAGGCCGGAUUCCAAGUUUCUGAGGUUAAGUGA